AUGAAGAAAGGCAUUCUCGUGACCAGCAUAGCUGCGGUGGCGUGCCCCCACCGCAGGAAUGGCUACGCAGUAGUACUCGAAGACAAGCUCAAGGAACACGACGUACGUCCCGAGCACUUGCUGUGCUUCUACAAGGAGAUACUGCGGAAUCUGUCUGCACCCAACCCCGAAAACGUUAUCGCGUACGGAGACCGACAGCCGCUUCCGUUGGACAAGCCUUUCAUACCGGAGUUUGUCUAUGCGGAAUGUGCCACAAGACAAUCACCAGGCCAAACCUUUCACACGCAGUAUCUACUGAACGUGGUUGUCAAGAGGCCUGUCGAGGAGCGUUGCCGAAGGUCGAACAGCACGACGCCGCACAAUCUCAGCGUCUUGGUGCUCGGCCUGGACUCGGUUUCGUAUCUUAAUCUAGAGAGACACUUGCCAGAGACGGCGCAGUUUAUGCGUCAGAGGCUGGAUGCCUUCGAGCUGCGCGGAUACAGUAAGAUUGGUGACAACACGUAUCCUAACCUGCAUGCCCUCAUCACUGGCCUCAAGUACGUUGAGACGCGGAAGUACUCGUCCGAAGGAUUCUACGACAACCUCACUUCGCGCAUCAUCUGGCACGAGUAUGGCAAACGGGGCUACCGAACAAUGUUCUUCGAGGACUGGCCACGGUACGGUACUUUCCAUCGCUUCUCAAAUGGAUUCCGGCACCCUCCGGCCGACUACUAUCCACGACACGCCAUAAUCGCCAUGGAGAAUUCCUCCAAGUGGCUUACGGAAGAUGCAUGGAUGCCGCGCUGUUUGGGAGCGACGAUGGUGUCUGAAGAAAUCUUGGACUACUUGGUCCGCUUCACCAAGGUCAUGCGAGAGAAACGUUUUUUUGCUUUCAUGUGGAUAAAUGAACUUACGCACAAUAGCCUUAACAGCGCCGGGUACGCCGACGAGCCUUUCCGGAGACACCUCGAGCUGCUACACGCAUCCGGUACGCUCGACAACACGGUUCUCGUUUUCCUCAGCGACCACGGCUUGCGGUUUGGUGACCUGCGCUCAACGUAUAUCGGCAAAUUUGAGGACCGCCAGCCGUUUGCCUUCGUGGCUUUCCCGCGGUGGUUCCUCGAGCAGAAUCCAAAAGCAGCAGGUAAUCUUCGCGUCAAUCAGUUUCGCCUUACCACUCACUUCGAUGUCUACGCAACGCUCUCUGAGCUGCUGGACUACCCGAACAUCGAGAGAGCGCAGACAACGUACGGCCGGAGCUUGCUGCACGAGAUACCGGAGGAAAGGACGUGCGCCGACGCGAAUAUCGGACCCCAUUGGUGCGUGUGCAACGUUCGCAGCAACGUGACCGUGACCAACACGCUUGCCUUGGUAAUGGCUAACAAGCUUGUCUCCUGGAUCAAUGGACUGGUGGCGCGGGCAACGCGCAAGUGCGCCGAGUACCAGCUACUCAGAGUUAUGGACGUGACUGCAGUGCAGGGGACGCCGGCGGACUACGCACACAAAGCGAGUCAUUAUUAUUGGGUCACCGUCCAGCUGUCGCCAGGCAACGCCGUUUUCGAGGGCACUGUACACGUCAUUGCGGACACCAUAACUGUGCUUAACGAUGUCAGUCGCAACGACAGAUGUACCUGGAUGAGCCAGUGCGCGUGGGGUCACUGGCUUGAGAAGUACUGCUUUUGUACUCGCACUUUGGAACUGCAGAUGUGA